AUGGCUCGCACCAUCCUUCGGACGGACGACGCUACCCGUAUACCUUUCUCCUUACGACCUGACGAUUAUGAGAAGCCGCGAGCCUCUAGUGCUGAUACACGACCAAGAAACGAUAUUGUCCCCAAAGCAUCAUAUCCUCCUGCAAACGACACUUCAAACCCAGAAGAUGGCCUGACAGUCAAACCGGACCUUCUAAGUCCUGAGGAGGCCUUGGAACUGUUUCGGACAAAGGUUGCAGAUGCCCAGCAAGAUACACAAAAUGCGCUGGCUGGGGGUGAGGAUGUUAGCGAAGCAGUACGACCAAAGUUAACACUGGAUCUGGGACACUCCAGAAUCGCACGGUUACCAGAGAGUGUGGUGGAUCUUAUCAAGGUCGAGGUGGAAAGGCUCUCACUUUCACACAAUCAAAUGUGGUACGUUCCGUUGAGGCUCCCGGAAUGCUCGCAACUGCGCUAUCUAAACAUACGCACAAAUGUGUUUCGAGACAUACCACCGGUGCUUUACAAGUUGUCGCUGCUGGAGAUUCUUGACAUAAGCAGGAACAAGAUUCGGAGAAUCUCUAGCGAGGUGAAGAACCUCAGUUCCCUGCGUGUCUUUUCAGUAGCGUACAACCGGAUCGAGGAAUUGCCACCAGAAAUCUGCGAAAUGUCAAAACUACUGAUUCUGAAAGUUGCUGAGAAUCCAUUACGCUUCAAGCUGAAGAAAACAAUUGAAGCGAAGGAGGCCGAAGUCGCACUGUCAGAGAUGAACGAAAGCGAAAGGGAGACAGCCGUGACCGCGGAGAUUAAACGACAUUUACGAGAGACCCAGCCGAUCGUCACCACAGUGGAUUGCGAACCAGGAAUGGAUGUGGAUGAAAGCGUGCUUGAAACACCAAAACCACUCAAGAGAGUGCCGAGUAGCCGAUUUCCUGUUCGGCCGUCAAUGAAUGGGAUUGAAGUGACUCCCGGAGACAUGAUGACAAAAUCGCCGAGUCAGCCUAAACCACCGCCCAUCCCAACCAGGUCACAUUAUCGAAUAGCGUCCGGUCAGAAUGGAAACACUGUUCGCAGGCCCAGCAUCUCUCCCUUGGUCAAAGGAAAUGAACAGGGCAGGAGCAACAGUGAGAAUGUUCUGCAAGCGUCAGCUGCUGCGCGUUCGAAGCGAAUGGGAAUGAUGAGGAAGGAGAAGUCGGAUCUAGAACCUGUGGAAGAAAUAAAGAACAAUCGGGUUAGCCACCUCCGAGGCGUCAGUCAUGGAUCCGUCCUCCGUUCGAGAAUCAGCAAUGCCAUCUCUCCAGGCAGCGGCUUGACGAGCCCUGUUAGCCCCAAAGAGGGACGGAAGCAGCGGAAUGUUUAUAUCAAAAGACUGUCUAGCUUGCCAGAGCAGAGUCAGGAGUCAGGUUGGUGCAGUCCCGUUGUCGAGGGUGCUAAGGGUAUCCUCUAUGCCUUGUACCAGCUGCAUCCUCAAAUCUCCGGUCUGAUCAGUGUAAUCAAGGGAAGAGACUCGAAGAGGACAAGUCUCGAGCUCACAUAUUACAAUGCAUCAUCACACGUCGAUCGACUGAACGAAGCUCUUGAACAGGCCGCUUCAGUAGAAAGAGAGGACGGGGACGGUGUUGAGCGAGCUGAAAACACUGUGCAGAGGGACUGCGCAAGCUGCAUCAUGGCAUAUUCACAUGUUAUCUCACAGUUACACGAGAAUGUCAGCAAGAUUGUGGCAAGUGCGGAUGCAAGAUAUAUUCGGUCCUUCAUGCUUCUCAUCUAUGGCAGCAUGCUCGAGGUCAAGAAUGCUGUGAAAAGUCUCAACGUCGAGGUCAGGUUCCAAGAAACACCUAUACGGCACAACACAGUCAAGGGUUUCCGGACAAUCGAGGAAGAGUUUUCGCCACCUACCGGCGUUAUCAGAUCUACCACUCCAACAAGAAACAGGCCAGGUGCCGGUACUCGACAGAAUUCAAGGUUACGCAGUGAUACUGCAUUUCAGAAUUCUGUACCAAGGAUUGUAGCAGAUUAUCCACCAAAGCAAACCUAUGUGCCGUCACAGAUCGGGCCAACUCCCCAAGCACCUCUAUACCCAUAUGGACCCCCUGGUAUGACAAAUGCAUGCAGCAGUACCGGCUUCUUCGCGCACAACAUCAACUCUACUACCUCAACACCAGACUAUUCCCUUGGCUUACGUUCUCGCUCUAAUUCUCGAUCAACGAGUACGAUGACACUUACAGAUACUUCGAUUGCUUCCUCUUUGGCCAACACGCCGCGAUCGGGGGAAUCAUUUAAUUUGCCCGUCUUUCAGAAUCCGAUGCGAGUCAAUCCAAUGACAGGUCUAAGUGAUAGUCAGGAGGAAACCGUCUUCGAAGAGAUAUUUCUUGCUUUGUCUCGCGCUUACGACUCGGCUCUUCAGGCCCUACCCAUAGCACGCCGUCAGUUCGCGCGCUGCGCAGAAAUCGCGGACGAGGACAGGCGACCAAAGGAGGUUCGGGAAGUAUGGAGAAAUCUUCUCUGGCGGUGCAAAGCUUGUCUGGACGUGAGCGAAACAUUGCAUUUGAGACUUGUCAAUAUGAAAGUCAAGGACGCAGGCAACAGCGGAAGAAAUGAUCGCUCAUUCUGGCAACUCACAAAAUCAUUCACCCAGUCCUUUAUUGAUCUUGUGGCAGAAAUGAAAGAAGCGAAGUCACUACGACUACUGGCCCAAGAUAUCGUGGUUAUUCUCCGACCGGUGCAGAAAGCAAGCAGAGAAGCAGUACGACUUAUCGAUUCGAGCCCGUGGGCAUAUCUGGCAGAAGCUGGAAGUCAACCCCUUCCUCCCCCUCCCCUCAUUACGAACAGCGUCGUCAACGGUUUCUUCACAAAUAGUCCGCACAGUGGCCACUCGGUGUAUUCCAAUGGCUUCCAACAGCAUUAUCCCCAACAUCCGUUCAAUGCCUCCCCACAAGCGCCAGCACUUACUUCCGUACAGGCGGCGAUGCAAGGUGUCUCCCCUAGCUCGGUAGCUCUGCCAGCGACACCGCUGUCUGCUGCGUUAGGCCCGGCGGCCCAAGCUACCGUACCAGCUACGCCAGCAUCUGCAUGCGGCGAUUCUUUCUUUCGUGGUGACCUUUUCGCCCGCGCGGAUGUUGUGCUUGGUAUGCGACCGCAGAAUGCAAACCUGACGUUCAACUCUCGGAGAUGA